CACUAGCACGUGACACCGCGUCAAACCUCGUGACCACCUCUGACCCGCUACAAUGGGAAAUUGCUGCGAUGGAGACACAAAAGUAAACGACCCAAAUUCUGAAAGCGAUGAGCGUUCAACUCUUCUACAAAAUCCGGCGUCAAGUCAUUCUCGGGGGACAACGUCAGCAAGCAAACCGAUUUUAGUAGAUCAUAGUUUGGAAGGAACGUCUGCGUCGUCGGCUGCACGGUCGAGCGAGCAGUCUGCACUGAGCAGAAUUUUGCAUGAGACUGCCACGAAUGUGGUUGAUGUGAGUGCGAUGAGUCCUCAUAGUAUUGAGCAACAGGAAUACAUGGACAGAGCAAGACAGUACAAGACUAGGAUGUCAUCAUUUACUGGCAGCGGAAGCUUCAUAGCUCCAGUUAGUCUACCAGACACUGGCCUCUCACCUUAUGAAGUUCUGUCAAAGCCUCCUGUAUCGUCAAGUGAUAUAAGAUUUAUCCAAGAUGCUUCAACUCAUGUCACUGCUUCAUUAGUUCAAUUCGAAGUGAAGCAGACUGAGCCACUCGUUGUGCCAUUUGGUGUUGCAUAAACUACAAUUUGUUGAUUUGUUAUUGCAUAGUAGAAUGAACCACUGGAAAUUGUUUGGUGGUA